AUGGCUGGAGCACCCAUGGUCUCUCUCCCUGAACUCCGUUCGCUCCUGUCCUCUGGCCGGGCUCGCCUCAUUGACGUACGAUCCCGAGAGGAGGCGGCAGCUGGGACCAUCCCAGGGGCGCUCAACAUCCCUGUGUCUGAGUUGGAAAGGGCCCUGCAGAUGGAGCCAACUGCUUUCCAGGCUUUGUACUCUGCUGAGAAGCCACGGUUGGAAGAUGAGAACCUUGUUUUCUUCUGUCAAAUGGGCAAGCGGGGCUUCCAGGCUACGCAGCUAGCCCGAGGCCUUGGAUACACAGGGGCUCGCAACUAUGCUGGGGCCUAUAAAGAAUGGUUGGAGAAAGAACGUUAG